AUGCAUCCGACAUUGUGUAUGAAGGCUGAGAACAUGAUGCUCACUCUUUUGAUCCCUGGGCCAACUGCACCGAGCAAUAACAUUGAUGUCUACCUAGCUCCAUUGAUAGAUGAUCUGAAGGAUUUGUGGCAUGAAGCAUUAGGGUCAUUGGCAGGAUGUAAAGUCAAAGGGAAACAGGCAUGUAUUGUGUGUGGAAAGGAUACGCCUUCUAGAUGGUUAAAAUUUAGCCGUAAGCAUGUGUAUUUGGGCAACAGAAAGAGGCUCAGACCUGAUCAUCCGUACAGAAGAAGAAAGAAAUGGUUUGAUAAUACAGUAGAGAAAGGAAGUGCAAGAAGAGUUCAAACUGUAGUGGAAAUCUGUGAGAUGUUUAAGGAUUUCAGAAAUGAUUUUGGUAAAUGUAUAGUGAAAAAAGGGAAAAGAAAAAGAAAAGGUAUAAGUGAAGAUGAGGAACUAUUGAAUGAUGAAUCUGAUGAAGACGGUGUUAAAUGGAGGUGGAAGAAAAGGUCCAUCAUGUUUGAGUUACCUUACUGGAAGGAUAUGCCGGUUCGUCACAAUAUUGAUGUAAUGCAUGUGGAGAAGAAUGUUUCUGAUUCUAUGUUGGUUAUGUUGAUGCAAUCUGUUAAGUCAAAAGAUGGGGAAAAAGGGAAGAGGACUUAUUUGCCUCCAGCUGCUUAUUGGAUGUCCAAGUCUGAGAAAAUAACAUUUUGCAAGAGGUUAAGUUCAUUCAGAGGGUCUGAUGGUUAUUCUGCAAAUAUAUCCAACUGUGUUUCAGUGGAUCCUUCUAUGAUUGGUGGAUUGAAGUCACAUGAUCAUCAUGUGCUUCUCCAGAAGGGUCCUAGAAUUGCAGUGAUUAGAUUAUGUAAUUUCUUUAAGAGGUUGUGUCAGCGAGUUAUUGAUCCAGAAAAACUAAUAUCACUGGAGGCUAAGUGUGUAGAGACCUUUUUCCAACUAGAAAGAUAUUUUCCUCCAACCCUUUUUGAUAUAAUGUACCAUCUUCCAAUACAUCUAGCAAGAAAGGCACGUUUGGGUGGACCUGUUCAUUUCAGAUGGAUGUACCCCUUUGAAAGGUACAUGAAAACACUAAAAGCAUAUGUCAAAAACUAUGGAAGGCCAGAAGCUUGUAUGGCUGAAGGUUAUUUAGCUGGGGAGUGUAUUGCAUUCUGCAUGGAGUUUCUACAAAAUUCUGUACCGGUGCAAGAAACAAUCAACCGUAAUGAAGAUGUUGGGUCCUCUAGGGGAAUACUUGAAGGACACCCAUUCCAGAAGGCUGCUCAAGUGGUAUUAAGUGAUAAAGAGAGAGACAUUGCCCAUAGAUAUGUUCUAAUGAACAUGGCAGUGAUGAGUCCAUAUGUAGAUAUGCACAUUGAGGAAUUGCAAUCAAUGGAUGUGAGAUGUCGUAAAAGUGAAACUCUUUUAUGGAAAUUACACGCAGAGAGGUUCUCACAGUGGGUAAAAGAUAAUAUCCCUGGUAACUCAGAACAUCAUUCAGAGAAAUUGAGAUGGUUAGCUCAUGGACCAAGGAAAAUAGCUCAAACCUAUAAGGGAUUUGUCAUUAAUGGGCAUAGAUUUCACACUAAGGACGUAAUGCGCAAGACUCAGAACAGUGGAGUAACUUAUGAAGCUUUUAGCAUAAGUAGAGCUAGUGCAAGAGAUAAUAGACAGAUGGCGGACAUGGUUGUGUUCUAUGGAGUUAUACAACAGAUAAUUAUGCUAGAUUACUAUAUGUUUCAUAUUCCAAUAUUCAAGUGUAAGUGGGCCAACAAAGGAAAUGGUGUAAAAGAAGAAGAAGGAUUUACACUUGUGAAUCUCAAUGUCAACCAAUCUGCCUACCUCCAAGAUCCAUAUAUUUUGGCCUCCCAAGCUAAACAAGUAUUCUAUUCUAGAGAUGACUCCUCAAGUUGGUCUGUAGUGAUGAGGGCGUCACCAAGAGGGUAUCAUGAGCUAGAGACAGAAGAAGAGUUUGUAGUUGCUCCAUCCAUUCCGCAAAAUGAAGAUUUUGGGAACGAGUCUUCUGAUGAUGAGAGUUUCUUUGAUAGAGAAGAUUGUGAAGGGGUCUUAGUAGUGGAUUAA